AUGAAUAUGCUUCCAAUGCUUAAUGGGGCAAAUUUCAAGCUGUGGAAAGAGAAUGUGGAAAUUUUUCUCGGCUGCAUGGAUCUCGACAAUGCGCUAAGGACUGAGAAACCUACUUCCACUCAGGAAAAUCCAAACACGGAUAAAAUUGAGAAGUGGGAACGCUCAAAUCACAUGUGUCUGGUGAUCAUGAAACAUUGCGUUCCGAAGGCGUUUAGGGGCUCGAUUGUUGAGACUACUGAUGCCAAGUUGUUUCUGAAGGAACUCGAGCAAUACUUUGCUCGAAAUGAAAAGGCUGAAAUUGGUCAAACCUUGUCUAAACUCAUAAACAUGAG